AUGGGUAGAGAGUGUAAUAGUGCAGUGUAUGUGGUGGCGGCGUUGCUACUAUUUGUAGCAAUAGCCGAAGCUGAUACUCCACCUGGAAUAGCCAAUAAUCCAAGCCAUGCAAGAUGCUUGACCAAGAAGUACAAGCAUUGCUAUAAUUUGGAGCAUGUUUGCCCUAAAUUUUGCCCUGAUUCUUGCACCGUCGAAUGUGUCUCUUGUAAGCCUAUAUGUGGUCCCGGAUCUACUCCGCCACCUUCUGAUGAUGGAAAGGACGGUGACGAGUCCUCUCCACCAUCCAAAGGAACUGGCGAUGACGACAAGGGAAAGGGAGAUGAUGAUGGUGGCAAAGGAAACUCCUCUCCUCCGUCCGGUGGAAAAGGAGAUGAUGAUAAUGAAGAUGGCGGCAAGGGAAAGGGCGAUGGCGAUGGCGGAAAAGGAAAGGGAGAUGAUGAUGCUAAUGGCGGCAAAGGAAAGGGAGAUGAUGGAAAGACCCCUCCUAAUCCUCCAACUCCAUCAACACCCCCUUAUUCUCCAUCACCACCACCAUCUUCUCCACCUCCCUCAACACCCACCACACCCCCGACUUCUCCAUCACCACCUCCUUCAACACCCCCUUCUUCCCCAACUCCAACUCCAUCACCAUCACCACCACCACCGUCAGCUUCUCCACCUACAACUCCCUCCACACCCCCGACUUCUCCAUCACCACCACCAUCUUCUCCGCCUCCCUCAACACCCACCACACCCCCGACUUCUCCAUCACCACCUCCUUCAACACCCCCUUAUUCACCAACUCCAUCACCACCACCUUCUUCUCCACCUCCAACUCCCACAACACCCACCACGCCCCCAACCUCUCCAUCACCACCUCCUUCAACACCGCCUUCUUCCCCACCUCCACCUACCCCAACACCACCUUCUUCCCCCGCCUCGUCCCCAUAUUCCCCUCCCGAAUCAGACGCCGCUAGUCUAAAGAGAAAAAGAUGCAAGAACAGAAACUACCCUCAAUGCUACGGUAUAGAGCAUGUAUGCCCCUCAUCUUGUCCUUCCACGUGCGAGGUCGACUGCGUCACAUGCAAACCAGUCUGCCAAUGUGACAUGCCUGGAGCGGUGUGCCAAGACCCCCGCUUCAUCGGCGGCGACGGCCUCACUUUCUACUUCCACGGCAAGAAGGACCGCGACUUCUGCCUCGUCACCGACCCCAACCUCCACAUCAACGCCCAUUUCAUCGGAAAACGAAACCGCAACAUGAAGAGAGACUUCACCUGGGUCCAAUCCAUCGCCAUCCUCUUCGGCAACCACCACCUCCUCAUCGCCGCGCAGAAGACCGCCACAUGGGACGACUCCGUCGAACGCCUCUCCCUCUCCUUCGACGGCGAGCCAAUCCCCAUCUCCACUAUCUGGAAGUCCGGGACAGCCACCAUCGAAAGAGACAGCGACACCAACAGCGUCGUCGUCGAAGUUGAAGGCCUUUUCAAGAUCUCAGCCAAAGUUGUUCCGAUCACUCAGCAAGAAUCAAGAAUCCACAACUACGGGAUCACAGAAGACGAUUGUUUUGCUCAUCUGGAACUGGGAUUCAAGUUGUCUUCGUUGAAUGCCAACGCGAAUGGAGUGCUGGGGCAGACUUAUAGACAGAAUUAUGUUAGCAGAGCGAAGAUGGGAGUGGCGAUGCCGGUGCUCGGAGGGGAGAGGGAGUUCGCCGUCUCCAACAUCUUCGCCACGGACUGCGCUGUUUCACAGUUUCGCCGCGGGGAAAUGCUGUCGGAAUAUGAGGAGGACGUGCUCGAGCUGCCGACCAUGAAAUGCGGCACUGGGAUUGACGGAAGAGGAGUCGUGUGCAAGAGAUGA